CAGAAACGAUCGAACGAGACAGAGAGAGGAACAAAUACGCCGCCGCACCGCCGGCGUCGGACAUUGGAGCUCGCCGCGCAUCGCCCGCAAGCCCGUUGGAACUCGCCGCAUCACCGACGAUGUUGUAGGUGUCAAGCGUGCGGUGGCAGUGGUGAUAACCUCUUCCGCCACUCCCUGUUUGUCUUCCUCUCCCACCACCUAGGAGGAGGAGCACGCAGGUCUUCUAGUGGCGGCCGGAGCUUCGGCGCAGGCCACACGUUCGACGGAAUGUCUGAGAGGCUCAACUACGAAGAAAACAUCGAAACGGCCGCGGCCGGCGGCGAGGACGGCAUCGGCACCUUGCCGGACGAGCUCCUGCAGACGAGGUGAUGUGGUGAUUAUCUUGUGUUUCCCUGCCUACUCCCCAUCUGGUUGUUCCCGCGCACUGACGCUAUGUGGCGGUGGCUCGUGGCGAGGACCGCAUCAGCGCCCUCCCGGACGAACUCCUCCAGUACGUGAUGUCGUUCCUGCUUUCCCGCGACGCCGUGCGGACAUGCGUGCUCUCUAGGCGCUGGCGCACGCUCUGGAAGUCCGUGCCCGCCCUACCCAUUGAUGAUCCCGAGAGCUACCACGGCGCUACGGGCUCCAGCUUGUUUGUCAAUGAGCUGCUUCGUCUCCGUGACCCGACGCCUCUGAAUGUAUGUGACAUCCGUUCUGGUUGUCAGGAGACUGCGAACACCAAUUGGGCCAAGGAGGCAUUCCGACACAUGGAACCAUGGCUCCUGCAUGCUUUAUCCUGUGAAGUUCCAGUGCUUCGAAUUUGUUUUCCCUGGCAGCUGUCUGUUUUGAGAAUGGAUUUGACAUGGCGCCCCAUGUUUAGGAAGCUAAAAAAGUUGUUGCUCAAUGAGUGGUGUGUGGCUGAUGAUUUCACUUGAUUGAUUUACUUUCUCCAGCACUCACCCAUUCUAGAGACACUGAUACUUCAGCUAGAUUUGCAAACUUCUGAGGUAUAUAUAUUCUCCAAGUAUGAUAGCUUUUAUCUUUGAAAUUACCAUUUACCUUUUGUUGCAAAAUAUUUUGUUUGCUACAGGACUAUCAUUUGAACAAAACUGAUGAAAGCUGUAACUCAAACGAAUAAUCAUUGCUAUCACAACAUCUCAAGAAAGUCAAAAUUAUAUGUUGCACGGAGGAAGAUGUGAUAGUUCACCGUAUUAUAAAGAUCCUAUGUACCCAUGGAGUACCUUUUGAGAAAAUUGAGAUAGAAUAGACCUUCUGUUCGCCUGUAAGUAACCAUUAUCAAUCUUCAUGAUUAUUAGC